AUGGACCGAACACCCGACCUCAACGAGCUUUUGCGCAAGCAGCAUGCCCCUCCCGUGAGGACUGAAGUUACGCUGGAGAACAUUGAUGGUUUCCUAAAGGAAGCUCUCCGCAUUAACACACAUAUUGCAGAGCUCCAUCGAAGUCUGCUGAGCGGUCGAAGAGCAUACCUCGCACGAGCGCAGCCGCGCAAAGGCCAUAGCAGCGCAGCAGAUGGACAGCCAGCGGUGCUUUCAGACAAGGAGAGAGAAGCGGUGGACAAGGAUGCCAAGGAGAUGCUUCGUGAGCUCAAUUGGAGCAUCGAUACCCUCGACAGCGCUGAAAAGAUACGUUACGAGACCGAAAUGAAAGCAAUACAAAAGCAAUACGGCAGUGGACUGGGUGCCCUCGGGGCCUGGGCCUCGGGUGGUGCCGUGAGCGGCAAGACGCAGGAGCAGUCUUUAGCAGAGGCGCGGGCGGAGGACGUCAGAUUGCAUCGGGAUGGUGUUCUCUGGUACCUACGACAGCGAUUGCAGCUUUGCGGCGCCACCCAAAAACAGAUGAUGGAAACAAGGCUCAUCAGGGAGGUGGAAGCCAGCCGCAGCUUAGCCUCGCAAGCACCCAACAUGACGGACUUCUCCGAGUUCAGACCCUCGAAGAACGCGACAGAGAGCCAUGAUCCGAGCCGAGACCAAUCGACAAGCGAGGGCCAGGGACUGAGCGCUGAGCAGGUGCAGAUGUUCGAAGAAGGCAACCAGGACAUGAUGAAGUUCUUUGACAGCAUGCACAAGUCUGUCCAAACCGCCCAGAAAUCCUUAGCUGAGAUCAGCGACCUCCAGUCGACGCUCAUCAGCCAUUUGGCGACCCAAACGGAGCAGAUCGAUCAUCUGGUGGCCGAUUCAUUCUCAACAACCGAGAACGUCGAGGGCGGCAACAAGCAGCUGAAGAAAGCAACACAACGCCCAAGCACAGCGCGAAUGACUUUCUAUGCUACCAGUGGCCUAUGUGCUUUCUUGGUAUUGUGGGAUUUGAUAUUCUAG